AUGCAACAGGAGAAGGGGUCGUUGCACAAAUUCUUCAUCAAGUCCGCGGCAGGGGUACCAUUUCCUUCGGAGCUGAGCGGCGGCAUCAUUGUCGACCAUCACCCAGACGCGUUCUUCAGGCCGUUUACCCCGGUUCUUGAAGGCCAUGGCAUCCUCCACCUGCAACCAGAAGCACCAUUCCCAAUUGGACGCGUCUUCGUCAUCGUCCAAGCCGGACAGGCUGCUUUCAUCACUGAUUUCACCACUAUAUCUGGACUUGGGACGGCAAAUGGCAAAAUCCUCGAGCCGCUCGGGGCGGAAGUCUACCACGCGCACGUUUGUACGGUAGUUGACAUUGGUAAAGGGGAUUUGAAACCGCAGCUCCUGGCCAUUGAUGCUCGUCUCAUAGUACACAGGUUCCACGAGUCUCGAUAUCGAGCUUGCUUCCUGGCUCAAGUUUUCGCACCUGACUGUGCGGAGUUUUGA